AGUGACUUGGAAUCGGAAAUAAAGACAAGACUCGUAACUCCACCUGCUGCUUGUUGUCGUUUAUGCAUUUUUAAACAUUGAUUUCCAAAUUUGUUUUAUAGUUCGUGGUAGUAGGCUGUUUAAAGAUAGGAAGAUAAAGUAAGAACUUUAGAAAUCGCACACCGAGACAUUCUUUCCCAUCUGCAUCAUUUUACGUUUUAAGCAGUAUUUCUACAAUGAAUGAGAAAGGUAAAAGAGCUUUUGACAUGUGGGAAGUGCCCGAAAAUAUUGAUUUAAAUGCUCCCCCAGUUUCAGGAUUUGAUUAUUUAUACAGAGUCCGAUUAGAGACUAGAAAGUGUCCCAAAGUGGUUGUAGCCAAUAUUGACACGACAAAGUUUAUCCAUCGUCGGACUCAAAGCGUUGAUUUUCACAGUGGUUUUACGCCUGCACCUCCAGGUUUAGAACCCGAUACUGAAUGGCAGAAAGGUGAACUUGAGCUAUUUGAAAAAUACCGAACUCAGCUAUUCAAAAACAGAGCAUUAUUAAAACGUAAGUUUGCAAAGCGAAAUUCACCUAAUAUCAACAAAAGUGCGGAGUGGUGUUUGUACUGUUUGGGUUACGAAAAAUACAAUGGUAUAUACAAGAAAAUUGACCCUGAGUCAGAUUGUAGCUCAGAUGUCCCUGCAAAAAAGAAACCUUGUUUAGACCUUGGAAAUCGACCACUGUUGAGCAUUUUGUUGUAUUUGAAUCAACGUUCUGUCAAAAAACUAGUUAGUUACCACACAAGUUGGCUGAAAGAAAUUGGAAUAUCUAAAGAACAGGGUGAAUGGAUAUAUGCUUUGUUAAUGUGCCUGGAAAAACCUUUGGAUCCUGAUACAUGUGAUGUGCUUCGAAAUUUAUCAAAACUAUGUUCUUCUUUGAGGUUAGGGCUAUUGAAUCCGCAAGAUGAAAUGUUAAUUUCCCUUAACAUUAUUAUAACUAUUAUUGCUCAAUGCUUUGAUCAAAAAGAUUUGAGUGACACUUUCUUCAAAACUGAAAGUUCUAACAUAUGAGAAAUAAAUAAAAAGUUGUAUUUUU